AUGUCAACGGAUCUGCCUAGAAGAUUUUCUUGUCGAUGGGUCUUCAGAGCCUCCAACCCUCGACUCCCGAUUCACCUGGAAAUUUGCCCCGCCAUCAUUCCACACAUAUUGCAUCACUGUAGUUUGAUGACAACCGUUAAAGACGGAAACGCGAAGCUGAUAUCGUUUUGUGAAGGUCAGCCAGGAUGGAUGAGGUGGCUGCGCCGCGUCUCGUUCACAGGAUACAGUGGUUCCAUGACUGUCCUUCUGGAGUCCAACUUCCAGAGAACAGGCUACAUGAUGCCAGUCAAGAUCAGAUACUACCAAGACAGAAGACCCGAUCGCGACAGUCGAACUAAAGAUGACCUGCUGAUCAGACACGUUGCGACAAUCAGUUCAGUUACUGGUGUCAUCGUCCUGUUUCUCCUCAUAACUGCAUUGUUUUGCCGAUAUCGCCGGAACCGUUCGCGUCGCAGCGCCAACCGUACACUCACCCUGGCUGUGAUUUCAGAUGGAAGGACGGACAAGGCUCCUCCAGCUUACACUGACCUCUUUCCAACCAAGAAGGUGCUGCCACAGAGCAAGGUCGAAAUUACCAACGAUCCACCACUUCCGGAACUGACCACGAGUGCUCUCCCUUACAAGUCUCCUCAAACUGAGUCAGCUCUUGUGGGUUCGGCUAAACCAGAAUCAAAUAUCUGAAGAGCUGUCAGAUUAUUAUGAGAUGAACUUUGAUACAUUUGUAGUGUUUUGCAUAUACACAUUUACUUUUUUUUAAAUCUUGCUUUAUCAGAUAUAAUCAAAGCUCACUGUAGCUAUAACGUAUAAAGAUACAUGUACAGAUCUCCAGAAUACAUGUAGUUUUAUUGCACCGGGCACGUUAAGUCAAUACUUUUCUUAACGUGCACGGCAAGUUGCUUCCCUCUACUUAGCAAAUUUAAAAUGGCGGGGAUAUUUUGUAAAGUUGUCGUUGAAGAUUUAUUUUGUUAAUAAUGAUACGAGUCAUUCAAUCAGGAUUUUGUUAGUACAGUAGGUUAUACAUUUUUGGUUUGUGUGUCCAUUUGUUGCACUAUUUCGGUUGGAAAACGGUUGACACAUGGUGCCACAAGUUUUGAAUACAGGCCAGAUACAGGGUAUGUAACAAGAUCCGGACGUAGUAAGAACCACACUUACUACGUCCCUCCGGACUAAUGCAGUUUGUAAUGAACAUAGGCCACCAUAGUGUAAAGGCAGAAUAUAGUACUUUUGGUGGACUCAUUUUCUUUUCCCAUUCCAACCUGUGCACUACAUCUGGCGUAUCACAGGUCCCUUUACAUUAUGAAAUCUGUCCUUGGGGCCGAUAAAAUCUGUUGAUGGCAGUACUUUGAUACUUUGAUAGUCGUUUGCAUAUCCACAUAUGGUUUUGUUUUCUUACGGUUUUUUGUUGUUGGUUUUUUGCUUUGUUUGUAUUAAAUUAAUUUGUUUACUACUUUUGUUGCUUGUUACAAUGACAGCUAAAUGUUCUUGUAAUGUAGACUUUCUAGUAAUUACUAGUAAUUCCUUAUAUUUACCAUCCUAUGCUUUUUAAAAAAAUAAAUCUAUAGACAUACUUUGUUAUUUCGGUUUAUUUCUGUUUAAAAUGGAUUACAAAACUAUGUUGGCGGUUUAUGUAGGAAACUACACUCCAUUGCUAUUAAUUAUACCGUUUUAUUGUCUUUUUUACAAUUAUGCAUAUACUAGUACUUCCUCAUAUUUACCAUCCUAUGCUUUUUCUUUAAAUAAAUAUAUGGACAUACUUUGUUAUUUGGGUUUAUUUCAGUUUAAAAUGGAUUACAAAACUAUGUUGGCGGUUUAUGUAGCCAACUACACUCCAUUGUUGUUAAAUAUACCGUUUUAUUGUCUUUUUUACAGUUAUGCAUAUACUAGUACUUCCUUAUUUACCAUCCUAUGUUUAUUUUUUAAAUAAAUCUAUAGACAUACUUUGUUGUUUGGAUUCAUUUCAGUUUAAAAUGGAUUUCAAUAAAAGUUAGCUAUUUUAGUGGCAAAUAACCUCCCAAUGCUAUUAAAUGUAACAUUAGGUGUAUUUGCUUUAAAACUAUGGACACAAUUGGUUAUUUGGUUCGUGUGAGUUUAUUAUGUUAUUAUGUUUUGUUUUCUCUAUGAGUAACAGCUUUAUGUCGGUAUAUAAAUGUUGUGUACCUUUUACAACUUUCAAUGCCCUUCAAAAUAAAUACUCUAACAGACUCAGUUUUUGUUAUUUUUUAUUAUUUGGUUCAUAUUAAUUUAUUACAUUAUUAUGUUUUGUUUUCUCUAUUAGUAACAGAUGUAUGUCUGUAUACACCUUUUACAACUUGCAGUGUCUUUCAAAAUGAAUACUCUAAUAAAUUCAGUUUUCGUUAUUCUUGAUUAUAACUAAAAUUAACUGUUAUUUUAGUUUUCCAUUAUUUUCCCCCUCCAUUUUGUUAUCUUACUUUUUAUCUCGUCUUGGACUGUAAUGGCUUACUGCGGAGUUGUCUUUCUUAAACUUAAACUUUCUUGACUAUAUGACAGAAUUACCAAAUGUUUGACAUCCAAUAGCCGGUGAUUAAUUAAUCAAUGUGCUCUAGUGGUGUCGUUAAACAAAACAAACAUUAAACUGUUCAUCUUACUUUUUAUCUCUACUUGGACUGUAAUGUGUUACUGUAGAGUUGUCUUUCUUGAACUUGUUUAUAGUCUGUUUUAUACCAUAACACAUUACUUUUAUAUUUGUUGUAUUAUUCCGGAAGAUGCUUAUAUGUAUUAUUGUGCCGAACGUUUUAAUUUUGUUUUUAACUUUGUAUUAUUUUAAGUUGGGUAGAUUUUAUAAACACUAUUUUGUUAUUUAAUACAUACAUAAUUAACAUAUAUCUUUGCGAUGUGAGGAUUAUAAUCUACUCAGAAAAGUGUAGUGUACUAACGUAUUUUUAUGUAAAUAAAAACUAAAAUG